AUGCGCAAAGAUUCUACUGCCACUGCUGUUAAUAAUAAAAAUAACAAUAACAAUAAUAAUAAUAAUAAUAAUAAUAAUAAUAGAGAUGGGUUAAUCACAGAUGUAGAGGAGAAAAAGGCCUUUUUUAAAGUUAUCAAUUCAUUUAGAUGCUAUGGGGAAUAUAUGCAACAAAAUUAUUGGAAACCAAGAGCGAUCAAGUGGGAUACCUUGCCAAAAGAACAGCAAGAAUGUUUACCUUGGUACAAAUCAUAUUUAGAAGAAUAUCGCAUGUGUAUUUUACAAAAUGCCAAGUUUUUGAAUGAUGUAGCAGAUCAUGCAAUUUAUUCUUGGGGAUAUCAUGAUGAAGAUAACGACGAUAUGGAAAUGCAGCCAUCGAUAUCAGAUAUGGAAAAAACAUUAUCACUUUUUACUCAAAUUGUUAGAGAAUGGUCUGAAGAGUGUAAAGAAGAGCGUGGAAUAUCUAGGAAAUUAAUUUUGGACGCACUAAAUUCAUAUAAAGAUAAAGAAAAUACAAUUAUUUUAGUACCCGGGUGUGGGUUAGGUAGAUUAAUUGUAGAUUUAGUGUGUGAAGGCUAUCAAGUGGAAGGCAACGAAUUUACUUAUCAUAUGUUGAUUUUACUUCGAUACGUUUUAAAUUCAGGCUUGACAAUAAACUCUAUUAAAAUAUUCCCUCAUAUACACACUUUUUCUCAUUUUAAAACACAUUUGGAGCAGUUGAAACCGACUUCAAUCCCUGAUAUAGAUAUAUAUAAAAGUAUAAUGAGUGAUGAGUGCAAAGGUGCAAUUAAUUCUAUAAAUACUGGAAGUUUUAUUGACCUAUAUGGCUCAAACUCCAAUUUUAUAAGGUAUUCUGAUUUUUAUAGUAUACAUCCAAGAAUUACCAGAGCUGAAAACACAUCUAGCAAAAAUGUGAUUAUAACUCAAUUUUUUAUUGACACUGGAGAAAAUAUUUUAGAGUAUUUGGAAAGUGUUUCCAAUUGUUUAGUAAGUGGUGGGUAUUGGAUUAAUUUUGGACCCUUAAAGUAUCAUUUCGAGGAUAGUUAUGGCGCAAUGGAUAUUUAUCAAAAAGAUGUUUAUUCAAACGGUCAAGAAUACAAUAGACAUCAAAAUGUUCCGCUAAGGGGGUUAGAAUUAAGUUACGAUGACAUUAUUAACGUUUCGUGCAAUGGUCGGUUUAAUUUUAAAUUAAUUAAUUCAAAAUUUGAUAUUUUAUCCACGUAUGGUAAAAAUAGAAAUAAUUUAUUUAAUUGUGCAUUUUGGGUGAUGCAAAAAAAAAGAUAG